AGGCCCGUCGGGCGGCGACUGUUGUUCCCUGUUGUUACGUUCAACAAACUAACUUGGUGGAGAUCACUGCUACUCUGCUCGUUCUCGUCUUCUUACUUUCAGAAGAGAACUACAUAGACCCGAUAUGAACCAGCUUCAAGGUACUACUACAUUCCUUCGACGCGUGUGGUUGAUUUUUUUCGUCAAAGGUUGACGCUCGCAGGCACACAUAUCAGUUGUAGUCAAGCUGUUAAGCGGGUCCAAACCUAUCAGUGUAUCACUACAGACCCCUUGGCUAGCUGGUCUCUUCACACCGUCGCACAACUAGAAUCAACGCCCUUCACUCGAUUUCAGAAUUCUUCCUCAUCUCCUAGUAUCUAUUGAUAUUCACAAUGGUUCGAUCCGUGCGUUUCGCGAUUACAACCGUCAUUACUGUCGGUGUUGCCACUUCCGCACUCGCUGCUCCCUUGGCACCCCGUGCAGCUUCUCCAGCUCCUGUUAACACAAUUCGAGAGAUUAACACUCGCGAUUUUGCGGUCAUCGUUCAAGACAAGGACAAGGAGCUGAAACUUUCGGAUUCCCUUCACCGCGAUGACGAUCGCUUGGAUCCUGUAGAGCACCACCAUCGUCCCCAUACUGAAGAAGUUGUUGACGUCGAAUUCAACCUAGAUGAGCAUCAUGGGCACUACCGCAAGCAGGAGGUUGACAUCGAAGCCAUCCUCCCCGUUACCAAACACCGUGAGGAACUCGAGCGCCGAACUAUGACAUACCAGGAAGCUUCUGCGGGAUGUAGGGCAUCUGCUGCGGAAAAUAAAAAAACAAUUGUAGAAUUGAAGGCCCAGAUUCGGGAAUGCCAGCGCACCGCAAACAAAAAUCCGCCCAAUAAGCAAGACAUCGACAACUCCAUCGCGAUACUCCAGGCUCAAGUCAAUAGGCUCGAGGAAGGAGUUACGAAACUCCUUGAGCAGGCAAAUACUGUUGAUCAUGAGGCUGCAUUAAACCCAACAGCAGCGGGGAAAAAAGACCCCGGGACCCCGUCCGAAUCAGCUUACUAUAAACCCCAAUUUUGGAAUUUUCCUCGCCCAAAUUAGCAUACUUUAGGCCUUCGAAGCUCCUGCCCUAUCCGAAAUAGCAUACUUUGGGCAUACUACUGGUCAACUAGGUGUCCCAAUGGAAGUAGGUGGAGCUCUGACACUGGAAUAUAGGUAAAGAAGCU